CGCUCUUACCCAAUCACAAAUAUGACUAAACGCAGCGUUUCAAGGAGGCUAGUUAUUUGCCUAGCCUCCCCUAAGUUCUCCUUGAACGUCUUGUGCCUUGUCGUCACAGUUUUUGUUCUUCUCCAAAUAUGGUCAUUCCACAUUACCCAACAACCCAUUUUACUCCCUCAUUCGCUAUUCACAUAUCUGAAACAACAACAAGAAGAACCUGAACGAAUAUCUGAGACUGAGACGGCUUGUUUGGUGGAGAAACUACGUGAGUCCGUAACAUUCCUUCCCAUUAAAGACCUUCGUUUUUCAAACAAACCGCUCGUAGGUCAUACAUGGUUUAUGAGCUCUCUCUACGAUAACCAAACCCAAGGUGAGGUUCAAUACCAAGAAUUUCCUUCAGAAUCUUCCAAAGGGAGGUUUUUGUGCUUAAAAGGGGUUGAUGAGCAUGAUGGGUCAUGGAACUACUAUGCACUGGCUUGGCCUCAAGCUCUUCCCGUCAAUGCAAGUCUCCAGAAGGGCUUGACCUUUGUUUCUUAUAAUCAUUACGAUUACGGUAACAUGUGGCAUGGACUGUCUGCCAUGGUCCCCUUUAUUGCUUGGAGCUUAAGAAACCAAUGCGAAAAGCCUCAAAGAUGGGUUUUAUACCACUGGGGAGAGCUCAGGUUCGGGAUGGGGAACUGGUUGAGCGAGAUAAUCACAGCUACUUACGGUCCGAAAACAGAAUUUUUACGGUUUGCUGAUGAGAAUAAGCCGGUGUGCUUCGAGAAGGCAGUCGUUAUGAGACACAAUGAAGGUGGUAUGUUAAGGGAGAGGAGAAUGGAAGUAUUUGAUCUUAUUAGAUGCAAAGUGAGAAACUAUUGUAACAUAAGCUUAUCCAAGACAUCAAAACCGCGAAUAGGUAUGACAAUGCUUAUGAGAAGCGGACCAAGAUCGUUCAAGAAUGAGUCAGCCGUGAUCGAUGUCUUUAGGAGAGAGUGUAAAAGUGUAGAAGGGUGCGAAUUGAAGGUUUCUUAUUCAAAUAAUCUAACAUUCUGUGAGCAAGUGGAGCUAAUGAGUAUGACAGAUGUAUUAGUAUCGCCACAUGGUGCACAACUUACAAAUUUGGUUCUAAUGGACAGAAAUAGUAGCGUUAUGGAGUUUUUUCCUAAAGGAUGGCGUAAGCUUGCAGGAGUUGGUCAGCUUGUGUACCAAUGGGGAGCUAGUUGGUCAGGAAUGAGACACGAAGGCUCGUGGCAUGACCCGGUUGGGGAAAUAUGUCAGUUCCCCGAUACUGACAGACGAUGCAUGUCGGUCUACAAAAACGCUAUGAUUGGCUACAACGAGACUUAUUUUGGAGAGUGGGCAAGAAGCGUUUUGGGUAAGUUUAUAAGAGUGAAAGAUGUUGUAGAACGCAACCAAGGUUAUGGUGUGCUGGAUGGAUGUCGCUGUUAAUAAAAAAAAAUUAGGUAACCAAAAAUAAUCAGGUAACGCUCUCAGAAAUAUUUGAUUAUUCAUAAAGAUAUAAAAAAUCUAUAUCACAUAAUAUGGAUCUA